UCUAUUGGGGUUGAAAGUUAGCAUAUGCAGAUGGACGUGGCUGCUUCUUGUUCGGUUUGUCAAGUAAGGUAUCUGCUGAACUCACCCUACCUACUGGCCUACUGCCCUACUGGGCUGAAGAACGAACACUGCUUCUAAACUUGUUUUUAUAACGCGUAAUGUAAAAUCCAAUGCACUGGUCUUUCUCAACUUGUUUGUUUUGAUACUCCCAAAGCUGUUUCAUUUUUUCACUAAAAGCUGUGUAUAACUUAGGACAAGUUUAGUCGGAUCACAGCUAUGGAAGCAAGCAGGAUUCGGUUUUUCAUGCUUAAUUGACUUCCUAGUUUAACUUUUUUUUUUGCUUAAAUUUUGAUUUGGAAGAUUGAAAAUUGGCCUAGAAGCAAGAUAUUUGUGGAAUCCUGUUUGCAUUCCUAAUCGCAGAGGAUUCCUGAGAGCCAAAGGAGUACUAAAUUUGUGCAUGGUGUCAGCGUACAAAUAGGAGUGAUCGUCUAUUACAAGUUGUUUAACUGUCAAAAUUAACUCGAUACCUUUCUAAAGUUUGAUCAACACGUAACCAUACUUGUUCCCAAACUUACUCAUGAUGACUUCCCUUUCGCUCGUUCGUCCAAAUCGCGCGGCACCUCCUCGUUUCCCACAUGUUGCUUAAAUCUCCUUUUUUUUAAUGAACUGUUGCUUAGAUCUCCUGAUAUCACCUAUUGCUACUUAAGAAACGACUGAUCAGAUGUACCACCGAGACAGUACAGAGAGGAAGACAGCCCAGGGUGCAAUGGCUCAGACGACCCAGACCACAAAAGAGCUAGAGUCCGGAGCGGAGCUGCUGCAAGCGCAGGCCGACCUGUGGCGCCACAGCCUCGGCUUCUACACGUCCAUGGCGCUCCAGUGCGCCGUCAAGCUCGGCGUCCCCUCGGCCAUCCGACGCAGCCAUGGCGCCACCGCCUCGCUGCCAGACAUCCUCGACGAUCUCUCCGUCCCUCCAUCCAAGCUCCCCUUCCUCCGCCGCGUCAUGCGCCUCCUGGUCACCUCCGGCGUGUUCACGUCCCAUGCCGACGAGACAGACCCCUCCGUCGUGUACUACGGCCUCACCCCGGUGUCCAGGCUCCUGGUCGACGGUACCGUCCCCGGCAGCGAGGCUGUCGGCGGGCGCACCAGUCAGGCCUCCUUCGUGCUCGCGUGCACCGCCCGCCUCAACAUCGACGCGGCGCAGGGCCUCGUCGGCUGGCUGCAGCAGAAGCCGGAAGAAGAAGAAACAAAGCCGCUGUUCUCCCCGUUCGCGUGGGCGCACGACGGCGCAUCGCUGUUCGAGCGUGGCCGCGUGGACCCUGAGUUCAACGGGGUGCUCAACGAAGGGAUGGCGGCCAACAGCCGGCUCGGGAUUCUCACGGUGCUGCGAGAGUGCCGGCCGCUGUUCGAGAAUCUUCAGUCCCUCACCGACUGCGGCGGCGGUGAUGGCGCCACGGCCAGGGCCAUCACUAGGACCUUCCCGCACGUCAAGUGCACCGUGCUGGACCUCCCCCAUGUGAUCGCCGCCGCCACCGUCCCUUCCGACGACGGCAUCCAGUACGUCGCCGGCGACAUGUUCGAGUCCAUCCCGCCUUCCCAAGCCAUCCUCGUCAAGUACGUGCUGCAUGACUGGAGCGACGAGCAAUGCGUGAAGGUGCUGGCGAGAUGCAGGGAGGCCAUCCCAUGCCGCGAAGCCGGUGGGAAGGUGAUCGUCGUCGAGGUGGUUCUGGGGGCUUCUUCUCCUUGUUGUGCCGGGCCCAUGCACGAAGCGGAGCUCCUCAUGGACAUGGCCAUGAUGUGCAUGACCACGGGCCACGAGAGGGAGGAGCACGAGUGGCGCAGCAUCUUCGUCGCCGCAGGCUUCAGCGACUACAAGAUCAACAAGGCUCUCGGAGUCCAAUGCGUCAUUGAGGUCUAUCCUUGAUUAAGAUUAGGAAAUAUGUAACAUGUACUCUUUCCGAUCCAUAAUAAGUUACAUCCACAACAAGAUCAGCGACAACUUGCACUAAAUCAACGACAUUUAUUAUGUAUCGUUGAAUAACAUGUACUACAUGAGUAUAUAACAUGGUGGGAUCUGCAU